AUGGGCAAACCACGACUGAUAAUCCUCAUCCGCCACGCGCAGUCCGAGGGCAACCGUGACAAAAGGAUCCAUCAGACAACCCCCGACCACAAAGUCGGCCUCACCAGCGAAGGGCACACGCAGGCGCUUGAAGCCGGACAGAAGCUUCGAGCCCUCCUCCGCAACGACGACACUCUCCACUUCUUCAUCUCACCGUACCGUCGUACACGUGAGACGACCGAGGGAAUUCUGAACGGGCUUUGUUCCAACGACCCAGUGCCCUCACCGUUCCAACGGUCCCACAUCAAAGUCUACGAAGAGCCCCGACUUCGCGAACAGGACUUUGGCAACUUCCAGCCGGGGACUGACGAGGUUGAGCGCCUAUGGCGUGAACGUGCCGAGUAUGGCCACUUCUUCUACCGGAUUCCAAACGGCGAGAGCGGCGCGGAUGUCUAUGACCGGGUGUCUUCGUUCAACGGAUCCCUGUGGCGCCGCUUCUCGGAAGACAACAUGGCCAGCGUAGCCAUCCUCGUCACGCACGGCCUGUGUAGCCGGGUGUUUCUGAUGGCAUGGUAUCACUAUAGCGUCGAGUUCUUCGAGGACCUGCGCAACAUCAACCACUGCGAAUUUCUCGUCAUGAAGCUAGCCCCGAACGGCCGGUAUGUUCUCCAGAACAAUCUUCGACGCUGGUCCGAUCUUCGAAGGGAACGAGCAGCGAGGAAAAGCAUCUCUCAGUCUCAGUCCCCUGUGACGGUGGAGUCAAUUCCCGUACGACGAUGGACUUCGAACCGGGCCGUAGCCCAUGAUCCCAGUGGUGCCACUUUAGGCCAUGGCACAAACAGUCAGCUGCCCCGGCCCUCGCGAAAGAACACGGCAGACAUGUUUCGCGAUGAUCGUGAAGAUGUCGAGGAUAAGAACCAGCACCAGCACCAGAGCCAGCAGGGCCAGCGCCGAGACAGCGUGAGCAGAGCCAGGACCAGAAGCCAAAGUCAAAGCAAGAAUCAAAGUCAAAGCCAAUCCAGAGUGAGGUCCACAAGUAGCACCCUCCGCACCUCGCUCAACAACCUCUCGCUAGAGACGUCGACGACCAAGAAAGCCGGGCUGAGGGCCUACUUGGGUCGUGACGGAGGGGGAUCCAGAUCCGGUGCCGCGUCACCCUUUGGGACCGACGACGAAAGUGACGGCACUCCACAGUCGGAAGUCAAAGUGAAGGGUGGCUUCGGCAAGGAUCACCACGACCAUAGUCAAGGUCACAACCGGAGCAACAGUCACGGUCAAAGCGGCCAUGUCCAACAAACCCCGAAAUUCUCGUCGUCUUCACUGGCCCGCGCGUUGAGGGGGGACUUUGACCUCGACGGCAACGGCGGUGGUCAUGUUCGUUCGUUCGACGACCGGACCGCCGUCGCGGACCCGUUGGGCGAUCAACCUAGUGACGCCGAGGUCGAGGAGGCGGAUUUGGAAAUGGGUACCAAACGGCUAGAGGAGCUGGAGAUGGAACAGAUUAUUGAAGAGGAGAGGAACGAGAGAAGCCACAGAGGGAGUGUUUAUUGA